AUGAAGGAGUCGCAUGUCUUCAACGCGAUGCAAGACAUGAAAGAUGAGAAGACUCCUGUUGCUGUGAACGGAGCGGCAGGCGGUCUGGUCGAGUCGACGACGGAGCCCGGUCUCCCAUCAACACCACCACCCUACAGCAUCUACAACCGCUUCGAAAAAUGGACACUCGUCAGCAUGGUAGCCACCGCGGGUUUGUUUAGCCCUCUGCCUGCAAACAUCUACUUUCCAGCGAUCCCUACCCUGGCAACGGUCUUUGACAGAUCCAUCGAGGACAUCAACUUGACAGUCACAAUCUACCUGGCCAUGCAAGGAUGUUCACCGAUGCUCUGGGGGCCGCUCUCCGACCGCUAUGGGCGGAGGCCCUUAUUCCUCGUCUGCCUCUUGAUCCUUGUCGGCUCGAGCGUAGGCUUGGCUCUGUGCCCAACAUCUGCUUUCUGGCUCCUGCUCUUGCUUCGGGCCGUACAAGCCGGAGGUUGCGCCAGCAUGAUCGCAUUGGGAGCCGGCCUCAUCGGUGAUAUCGCGACUGUUGACGAGCGAGGAGGGUUCUUCGGGAUGUUCAACCUCGGACCCAUGCUGGCACCUUGCAUUGGACCAGCACUGGGCGGUGUCAUCUCGGAACGUCUCGGAUGGAGGGCCAUAUUCUGGUUCCUGGCAAUUUUCUCCAUUGCGUGUUUUGCCAUGAUCCUAUUCCUUCUCCCGGAGACGAUGAGAGCCUUGGUUGGCAAUGGGAGUCAAGAUCCCCCUGGUCUGUUGUGGAAGCCACUUACUCCUCUCAUCGGGCGGAGAACCAAGUCGACUUUGGGGGAUACAAUGGGGGGCGAGAAAAGGAAACCGAAUAAGAAGGGCAGUGCAAACCCGUUCCGUCUCCUGCUUUAUCCUGACAUCGCGUUGACACUGGCAUAUACUGGGAUUGUCUAUGCCGUCAACUACACCGUCACUUCGACCAUCUCUUCAUCGUUUGCAGUCACAUACCCGUUUCUGUCACAGACAAUGCUGGGAAUAUGCUAUCUGUCAACGGGUCUAGGAAUGAUUGUGGGCUCUACAGUCACGGGCAAACUCUUAGAUCGCGAAUAUGCGCAUAUUAAACAGAAACGACUCAAUGCCGACCCAUCUAGUAUGGGCGAGGAGUUGGAUGGCGAAAACGACAUUCAUUUCCCUAUCGAGUAUGCACGACUCCGCAUGUCUCCAAUCCUGUUGGUAGGAUUCGUCGCCAGCCUCAUUGGAUGGGGUUGGAGCAUACAAGCAAAGGCUUCGAUCGCCGCUCCGUUAGUCCUGCAAGUGAUCAUGGGAUACACUUCUAUCGCGAUACUUAAUUCCACCAUGACUCUAAUGAUAGACAUUAUCAAGGAGCAGAGCUCAGGAGUCAUUGCUUGCGCUUUGGGUCGAUCAAAUUCAUAA